ACGAAGUGGGCGUUGUACGUGCGAGUAGAAUUAGGGGAAAGCCAUUACGUUCUAAUUAGAUAGAGAAAGACGAAGAGAGAGAAAGGGGAGUAUCGAAGCGAAGAGCGAUCGGAGAGGGAGCAAAGAAAAAAAGGGGUUCUUCAAUUUUCGGAUUCAGAAAAAAAAAAAAAAAAAAAAAAGGGUUUCUUGGAAGAAAUAAAGAGAGGGGAGUAAAACGGAUAAUGUGAAGCAGAAGAAAUUGAAGGGAUAAGGAGCAAUGGUGGGAGAAGAAAAUUGGGUUUCAAAGGAGGAAUGAAGGAGAAGGAAGAAAGGGGAAAACGAAGCUGAGAGUGGUUUAUUUAUUUAUUUUUUUCGAAUAUUGAAAAAAAAAAAACAAAAAAACAAAAACCCUCCCCUAAUCUGAAUUCGGGGAGCUUCAAUAAGGUCAGCCCAUUCAUGUUUCUGCAUCAAGUUUGAAUUCUUUUGUUUAUGUUCGUUUGAUUUGUGUUCUUCAAGAAAUUAGAGCAUAGAAAAAAAAAACCAUAACUUGAAGUUGGGAAUUCAAGCUUGAAUCUGUUAUUGAAGGGGCUGCAUUUGUGCUGUUUUGAUUUUAUUUUUUGUUGAGGUUAGUGAUGUUUACUUGGAGAUGGAGGGAGGAAUCUUAAUUUGGGGAUUGAGAUUUAGGUCAAUGGAGGGUUUGGAUUGAAUUGUGGCUCUGAAUUUUUUGUGAUAAAAUUUAAUUUCUUGGUUUAGUGUUCUUGAAAUUCUUUGUUUGAUGUUUGGAGGGAGAGUUUUGGUUUGAUGAGAUCUAAUGGUGUGAUACUCAGCCCUCCAAUUGUUGAGAGAGAUGGGUUUCAAUUAUUCGAAAUUUUUUGGUCAUUUGUUUGGAAGAAUGAAUGAUGUUUGGAGAAUGGGGUUUUGGAAAUGGAAAACAUCUCUAGUUUAGCUUAAAAGUUUCGAUCUUUUUUAGUUUAUUUGUCGGGUGUCGAGGCUAUAGAGUUGGUGUGGGGAGUAAUGCAGCCGAAUAACGAGCAUUCGCGGAUCAAUCUGGCCGAUUUGAAAAGCCAGAUUGUGAGGAAGCUCGGGAUGGAAGGUUCGAAGCAGUACUUCUAUUACUUGCAAAGAUUCUUGAGUUUAAAAGUCGAUAAAGUUGAGUUCGAUAAGCUUUGUUUGAGAAUUCUCGGGCGGGACAACAUUCCUCUUCACAAUCAGUUUAUCCGAUCGGUCCUUAGGAAUGCUUGUAUUGCUAAAUCGCCCCCUCCGGCUGGUCGCAAGGACGGCGUUUUCGAAUACUUGUCGAAUGGAGGUAAUGUGCUGCCGGUCUCGCCUCGAAAGGCGAGGACCGGUUCUCGCGAUAAAAGAAGCGGCGAUCGUCGUAGCGCUCUUGGGCCCAAUGGAAAGAUGGUUGUCGAUCGUGCGAAAAUGGCGGAAGCGGCGACAACGUUGCCGCAUGGUUCAGCGCAUGUAAAUAGCAACGACCGGAAUGAAAAAUCGUUAGUUAGAAACGGUAGGGAAGAAGCUUGUGCGAGGAGUUUGGUACGAGCUCCGCUUGGGGUUCCUUUCUGCUCGGCGAGCGCGGGAGGGGCCCGCAGAGCUCCGCCCCCCUCUGCGACUGACGGUAGAUUUUUCGGGACAUUAGUUGACGACGACGCGUUGUUGGAUAGUUUUACCCUAAGGGAACGAAUGGAUCAGAUUGCCAUGGCUCAUGGUCUCGAAGGGGUGUCGCCGGAUUCUGCGAAUUUACUGAACCAUGGUAUGGAUUCUUAUGUAAAAGGACUAAUUAGGUCGUGCAUCGAACUCGUAGGAGCAAAGUCCGGGCAAGAAUCGACGAAGAAUAACGCCCGCCACCGGAAAAAUGAUUUGCAGCUGAUUAAUGGUGUGAAACCGGGGAAUCAAUAUCCGAUGCAAAAUUCCGGCGGUCAUUUGAUUACCUUGCAAGAUUUUCGAGUCGCUAUGGAGCUGAAUCCGAGGAAACUUGGCGAGGACUGGCCGUUGCUGCUCGAUAAAAUAUGUACACAGGCUUUCGAAGAAUAACAUUUGUCGUCGAUUUAAAUUCUUUUUGUCUUCAUGGCCUUUUGAGAAGCGAUUUUCGAAGAUAAUGAGGUAUGGCGCCUAUCCGGAUUUCUUUGAAGUAGUCGUCGUUAGCAACCAAUUCGUACGUGAAGAAUCCUAAGUUAGGUUGCGCUGUUGUAUGAUUAGCUUUAUCUUCUAUCCGUAGUUAUUUUUUUUGAUCCUGUAAUUUACAGCUACCGAUAAAACUUCUAGAACAGUUUUGCAGGAAUAAUUUUCUGUAGUUAGCGAAAAAUGGUGGGAUUAUGUGAUGCAGCCGUCGUGUGUAUUUAUCUCCACCGGCAAGAUUGGUUGGGACCUUCUUAUAUUAACCACAGGAUUUUAACUUAGCGCGUUCUUGAUUCUUUUCGUGUUUGUCCUUUCUUGUUUUUCUUUCUUCCCCUAUUGAGGUUAGUCGCUUAAUUGAUGGUAGAAUGUGUAAUGCUGUUAGUAUGUUUUGAAUUUCUUGCUUAGUUAUGUGAUUGAUCUUAUACUUGUUCGGAGCUUGUUGUUUAUUGAUUUUGCAGAUAUUGAGAGGAUUAUCGAUUUGUUUGUUGGCUUGUUGUGUGCGAAGGGAAGCCUUGCCGUUAAAAAAAAAAAAGGUCUUUGUUGCGAAUUUUUUGAUCGUAUUUGUUGUUCUUGCAGCUCGUGAUUCGUGUUUAUUUAUGCAUUAAAUUUUCGUACUCCGUUUAGACAAACUUUUGGAAUUUUGGAGUUUUAAAAAAUUUUGAAAAUGGUAAAAAGUUAGUAUUUAAUGUAAUGUUUUGUGACAGAAUAGUAUUUGAUGGGAUUUUUUAAAAAUCAGUUACUAUUCAUUGUGUAAAUUUUCCGAUGUUCUGUUAGGUUGCUCAUUUCAAUC